ACCAAGGGCACGAGGGGUCGGGGCCUCCCCAGAAGCCGCGUUUGGCCUGCUGGAGAAGAUAGGAACUCAGAGCUUCCGCACAGCAUCACAGUGGAGUGGGCUGGGUCCCGGCUCCAGAUCAGAGCAGCCGUCCCUGCCCUGGCCAUCGGGCCCCUCCCAGGCCCGCAAUACUCUCUCCCCGGCGGCAGGCUGGGCCCAGAGCCCGAGGUCCCCCUAUUUUAGCCAAGGUGGUGAGCUUCCCUAGACUGCUGUCCGCAUUCCUGAGCAGAAACACCUGUGUGCUACUGGCCUAGGGAUAGGGCCCAGCCUGGCGUGGGUGGCCCCACAGAUUCCCAUAGAUUCCGUUUCCACUGGGGACCCCGAAACCUGCCCAGCUCCUCCUCAUCCUCUCAGGUCGGAGACUUUUGGGGUCCCUUCCCACCUGUCUUGUAGCAUUCUCUUUGCAUUCUUGGAACCUAGAAACCUGGCCUCCGGUGUCAUAAUCUGUAAGAGGACCCCCUGCCCCCGACCCCUGUCUACACCCAAACCUCACAUUUGACCACUGACUCAGUCGCCUUUCCCCAGAAAAACCGAAGGUGUAUCAAGGUGUCCGGGUGAAGAUAACGGUGAAGGAGUUGCUGCAGCAGAGAAGGGCGCACCAGGCAGCCUCCGGGGGAACCGAACAUGCACAGCGAAGCCUGCUCUCCUUCACUUCCUGGAAGAGUGUAUCGACCCAUGCCCUCACGGGCACGGAGAAGUAGCACACAGAUGAUUUCAUUGUGAGAGCCAGAUGUAAAAGCCCUCACUGGGAGCCAGCGGGAGGAUCUGGGAUUCUAGGAAAGCUGUGAGGGUGUACUCAGGGGACAGUGUAUGCCUGCUUCCCGGUGUAGACCCUUUAGUUUAGCAGAGAUGAUGUCCAGUGAAAGGACGCCUCUGGGAAGCUUCGAGCCAAGAACAGAGUUAAUUUUAUCAAAUAUACAAAGCAGGAAGAAAUUUAUCUUAAUUUGUUACAAAGUCAGAAUAGUAGCCACAGUUUGACAUUUUAAGAAAGCAAUCGUGAAUGGAAGUUAUAGAUUGAGGCAGAUGUCAGGUCACAAACAGGGUGCCAGGAGAAGUGUGUUUAUGCCAGAUUUCUAAACUGGAUUAAAAAAAAAAAACUUAUUUCAUCCAGGUCAGUUUACAAACAACCCUACACACACACACACACACACACACACACACACACACACACCUUUUACCCUUAGGAGAAAGGGAAACUUGAGUUAGUAUUCAUCAAAAGAGAUAUUUUACCCUUUUCAACCAUUAACUUUUUUUUUAAACAGCCUCCAUGUGUUUUCAUAAAUUGUAGAUUGUGGCUUUUUGUGCUGUUUGAAAUUGAAGAGAACGGUGUCUGUCUUUGUAUUCCUGGAGCAAAGUAGAAAGGGAACCCAUGACCAGAAAGAUAACAUCGAGUAGGAGAUUGUAAACAUACCUGAGGGAGAUAAUGUGGGCAGGCGGACAAACAGACCGUUCCCAUUCCCGGGGAGGAAAGGGGUUAAGGAGAGCUCCACAAUGAAGCAGAUUUUUUAAAACCCACUCCUUCCAAGUCCUUCAGCUCAAGCUGCAGUCAAAUAUUUGCAUAAAGAGCUAGUGAAGGAGUCCAGCUUCCUGGUUCGUGACAUUACAGCAUGGAUCGUUUUCAAAAUUAACACCACCUCCUGUUUCAGCGGUGGCUGAGUGUGCAGUCUCUGGGUGACAUGGUGCAUGGGACCGUCCGGAGGCAACAGCGUCCGCCUUUCAGACCAAGUCCUGCCAUCUCCUGCAGGGCUGUGUUUUGAGCCUGAACCGGUUUCUUCCACACCCAGUUAUUUUCAACCCCGAGAAUUUUCCAGUUGUGUUUCUUGUGAGGAAAACACAAGCUGCCUCAACCAGAUCUUUGAUUCCUACCUUCAGACAGAGACACACCUGGACCCUUCGCUCAUUUCCGCGCAAAGUGCUCCACACUAUUUCCCUGACAGCUUCCAAGCCGCCCCUUUCUGCGUUAGCCAGAGCCUGACCCCGGGAUCGCCUUCUGAUUCCUCCACUCUCUCCGGUUCCUUAGACUACAGUUACUCGCCGGCUCAGCUACCGUCAUAUGCUCCAGAGAAUUACAGUUCUCCCCCUUCUCUGGACACCAGGAACUGUGGCUUCCCCUCCGAAGACUACUCCUAUGCCCACCUGCCCCCGGACGCCCAGUACGACUGCUUCUCCUCGGCCGGCACCUCCGUCUGCUACUGUGCGUCGUGUGAGGCAGAACACUUGGACCCCAUCAGGGCAUCGGAGUACUUUUCCUACCCCAGCUCAGACUACGUGAACUUUGCCCCCUCUGCAGCGGCCACCAGUGAUUUCUAUAAGAGGGGGACAAACUGUGACAUCUGCUAUAGUUAAUGGCAGUUACGGUAAUUCAGAACAUGGCAUACCUAUAUCUGUUUUUUGGCCGCCCCAAAUGACAACUCGAAAUAUCCAACCCGUUGACAAAACGUCACAAGCCCAGUUUGCAUGUCACCGUUUUCAAUUUUCCGAUGCUCACGAGGCAUUAAUAUGAAGUCCUCAGACCUGAUCACUGUGUCACUCCUAUUCUAUGUGCUUACGGUUAACAUUUUUGUAGGGAAUGUUCAGCUGUGUUACUUUUCUAUGUA